UAUUCGUGCGUUUGCUACUGCUGUGGCUUUUUUUUCUCUCUCGAGCCUUGAAUGCGGGAAGCAGCGAGUGCGUGCGUGCUUGCGUGAGGGCUCCGUCAACACCUCCGUGGUGGAGGAGCCAUCUCCAUUUUGCUUUUCAGUUCCAAGUGUUGAGCAAUAAUUCCUCGACGUCCAGCCCCGCGUAUCGCUCAGGCGAACGCACCGAUUGUAUCUAGUCGUGUACCUUGUUGUGUACCUUGUUGUGUGCGGUGAUUGAUGGCCGGGCGUUGCAUUCCCGCAUGACCGCAGCUCGGUCUGGCCAAUGGCAGUGCGUGUGGGCGGGCUGGGAAGUUUGUCCCGACACAAGUCAGCUAACAUUCAUAUUUACAUAAGGAUAGUCUUCAAAUAAUCUUAAAAUGAAGCAACUGAUUGUAAACAUGUCGUUUGCUUGAAUAUAGGAUUGGUUUUAUGGCGUUCAUAAAUGAUAUGGUUCACAGAACAGCAGGCUAAACCUGUAACUAUACUAUCAACAUAAACAAGGACAGACGAGGACAUGUUGGGUUGAUGUGAACAUUCUGAGAUUCCGUUUCCCAUCACAAAGAGGAUGUGGGCUAUGAUGAUUGCUUAAAUAAUAUAAUAUAUAAAUAAAGCAGUGCUGAUGGAGAUCCAUCCUCGCUGAUGGAUUCCGAACGGGUGAUGGCCAGGCCAAGCCACAGCGAUCAUGUGCUCCAGCAGCUCAACAACCAGCGGGAGUGGGGCUUCCUGUGCGACUGCUGCAUCUCCAUCGGAGACAUCUACUUCAGGGCCCACAAGGCGGUGCUGGCGGCCUGCAGCUCCUACUUCCGGAUGAUGUUCAUCAGGGACCAGCAGGCGGCCGGGCGCCUGGACCUGAGCAACAUGCAGAUCAGCGCCGAGUGCUUCGACCUCAUCCUGCAGCUCAUGUACCUGGGCCGGAUCGUGGUGGGCAGCUACGAGUUCGAGGAGCUGAAGGCGUCCAUGGCCUACCUGCAGAUGUACUACAUCCCCGACUCCCUGGACGACCUGCGGGACAUCCGGAGCUCCAACCUGACGCCCUCCUCCUCCGCCUCCUCCUCCUCCUCGUCCAGCUCCUCCUCCGCCGCGCCGGUCGCAGGGAAGAUGAUGUUUGGCGUGCGCAUGUACGAGCAGCAGAGGACCGCCGCCGAGACGGACCGGCCCAAGAUGGCCGUCGCCAGUGUCGCGACCCGCCCAGCGGCGCCUCCCGCCCCCGUGAUCCGGGUGGCGGCGCUGCCGCCGCCACCGGCGGAGGAGGUGGUGGUGGUCGCCGGCACGCCUCUGAUCGUGGCCCCGCCCCUUGUGGUCCUGGACGGCCUGGUGGAGCAGCCGUGCGACCUCAGGAAGAGGUCGGGCGGCAUGGGCCGGAGCGCCAGCAUGAAGGAGCGCCCGCGCUUCGGUCGCACCUACACCUGCGACGACUGCGGCUUCGUGUUCAGCUGCGAGAAGCUGCUGAUCGAGCACAUCCUGACGUGCACCAACCGGAAGGCCUUCCCGACGCCCCGGGCCGCCGCCGAGGCGGACAACGACUCCAGCAAGGCGGAGAGCUCGGCGUCCGAGGGCCUGGACGAGCACCGGGUGGUCUGCAAGGAGGAGUGGCCCGAGGACCCGGCGGACGCCAUGAACCGAUCGGUGGCCGCCGGGAGCGACCGCGGCGAACCCGCCACCGCCAAGACCGUCUCCAUCAAGACAGAGCCGGAGGACCCCCCGUACUCUGAGAUAGAGGUGGUCCGAGUGGGGCAGCCGCACGCCUCCGACUCUGCCGGCCGGGCCAGCGACCCCAGGGUCCAAGACUCUACUAUACUAAAGGAGAAGGAGGAGCCGGAUCAGGAGCACCCCGAGCCGGGCUUCUCCCGCAUGGACGACGCUCCUCAGGGGCCCUACGAAGGUCACAUGUCCAGCAGCGACGACUCUGGGAUCCCCUCGAAGCUGCGCAAGGUGAAGGAGGAGAAGCAGCCGGAGGAGGAGGAGUCGGCACCCUGCGAGCUGUGUGGCGUGGAGCUGACGGAGGACGACCGCUCGGGCCACUACCUCUCCAGCCACAUGGGGCACAUCUGCGCCUGCGGCCGCUGCGGCCAGGUGCUCAUCAAGGGCCGGCAGCUGCAGGAGCACGCCGAGCGCUGCGGCGAGGCGCAGGAGGCGGAGUCGGACUCCCACGGCGAGGACGACUCCUCCCUGAUGGAGGAGGAGGAGGCGCCGGGGAUGGAGGACGAGGAGGAGGCGCCGGGGCUGGAGGAGGGCCUGCAGGACCCGGCCGACCUGGCCUGCCUGCACUGCGGCCUGGUGUUCCAGAACGAGGGCCGGGCCUUUCAGCACGCGCUGGCCUGCCACGAGCAGCAGCUGCUGCGCCCCGCGCCCUCGGAGGACGGCGGCGAGCCGGACCACCGCCGCAAACACUUCUGCACCCUCUGCGGGAAAGGCUUCUACCAGCGCUGCCACCUGCGGGAGCACUACACGGUGCACACGCGCGAGAAGCAGUUCAGCUGCCAGACCUGCGGCAAGCAGUUCCUGCGGGAGCGGCAGCUGCGGCUGCACACCGACAUGCACAAGGGCAUGGCGCGCUACGUGUGCCCCGUGUGCGACCGGGGCACCUUCCUCAAGCACGACCACGUCCGCCACAUGAUCUCCCACCUGGCGGCCGGCGAGACCAUCUGCCAGGUGUGCUUCCAGGUGUUCCCGAGCACGGAGCUGCUGGAGAGCCACAUGGACGUCCACCUGUACAUCUGCGGCGUGUGCGGCGAGAAGUUCCGCCUGCGUAAGGAUAUGAGGGGCCACUACAACUCCAAACACACCAAGAGGCUCUAGCGGGGGGCCUGUUGGUGACGGGCAGCCCCCUGCUGCUAGAUACAAAGCCAUAAAUGUGACAACAAAUGUAUGCACUUAAAACACCAAAAAAUAUGUAAAACUGCACUUUUACAGGAUCUACAUUAGUGGUGCCUCGGGCUUAAAUGUGUUUCAGCUUUACGCUUAAUCCUUCCCCAAUCCUUUUUACUGAGUCCAACGUGAGAGAAUUUCUGAAUUUCGGGUAAUGAUGCGGUCAUACAUUUCCUCUGUGUAUUGGCUUCAGCUUUAUAAAUUGGCAUCAAGGCAUGCCAUGGCUUGGCACCUAAGAUGGCUGAUAGUUCAUGAUACUGCACCAAGCAUUUAGCUGCCUAGUAUUUUACCAUGACGUAGAAUCAAGCAUCUAGUCUACUGGGAGUUGAAGUCAUGACUUAACAUCUAGCAUGCUGGAUGUUAAUUUCAUCACUUGGCAUACAGCAGCUAGCAUGCUGUGUAAGCCCAUACUGAAGCUGAGAUCUUAUGUUAAGUAUUAAACAAUGGCGUGAUGAUCGGCUCCAUUACUUAUGCUCAACGGCAUAAAGGUUUCUCCUUAUUUACGCUAGUUUGGCCUAAGAUGAGGGGUGUGUGUGUGUGUGUGUGUGUGUGUGUGUACUUGGGAUUUAUUAGCGUGUGUUUAGGUAUUAUUAGGUUUUGUGUUUAUAUGUUUUGUUUUUUGCUAGGUUGUGUUUUUAUCCCGCAUUCAUUACCAAACAUGCAGGACUAAUUGUAAGAAACUGUCUGACAUAGUGCUUCUGUCAUGGAAACUGACCAAUGAAAAUAAAAGAGUAGGAAAGGCAGCAUCUGUCAUUGCUUCUAGAGAUGCGGACAAGCUUUCAGGAUGAUAAUGCAUACAAACUAUGAUUGAUCUGAUUAACCGUUUUACAUUCUCCCACGUGCAAAAGUCAACACUCACAUCUGCUGUACUGAAGGGCAUAAUCCUUAACUGCCCCAAUAAUAUAAAUAUUAUACUGAACUUCCAGCGGGUACUGAGUAUACAGCCAUGUAUAGAGGGGCAGAAUAGCCUACGGGUACAGAGUCCUACAGUACCAUUGUCCGUUUAUGCCUAGCUUAAUACAUACUGUUACCCUUAGUUCUAUACAUCAGAAAUCCUAACUUAUGACUGAUGUGAUCCAAAUGUCUUUUAAAGUUCUCUUUUAAAUCAGCUUAAUAAAACCAAGUAAACUUGU